UUUUGGUACGGUUCGGGUAAAAGUGGUUCUGGUCCGGCUAAAAACGGUACGGGUUGUUCGUUUACAGUUAAAUUUGCUGGCGGACCAAUUUGCUCAAAAUUGAUGUUUAGGUACGGGUACCAAACUGAAUUUAUUUUGGCGCGUAAUCCCGCGUUUUUCAAAAUAACAUGGCGGAUGACAUGUUUUUAAUGCUUCAGUCGAUUAAAAAGCGCCUUAGAUUGUCCGAAAGUGAUUCUCUCAGGAAGAAAACAAACUCUACGUCACUGAAUUUCAGAAGAAAUAACCGAAGUCUAAAAAAAAAGAUGCAGCUGGUCAUGGCGAUACUUUUAUUUCUCAACCCUCCGGUCAAUCGAUUAAUUUGGAUGUUCCCACGAAGUGAUCGCUGGUUCAAGAUUGCUAAAGCGAGUCUACCAGAGCGAGAAUGGUAUGCCAACUUUCGUGUUUCCAAGGACACAUUCUACUACAUCCUAUCAGAAAUUGUAGAUGAUAUUACUCGUAAAGAUACUAAACUGCGUAAGGCAAUCUCCCCGGAGAAAAGAGUAGCAAUUACGCUUUAUUACAUUGGCUCAACAUCGGAAUACAGAACAAUUGCGAACUUAUUUGGAGUUUCAACCGCAUUUGUUUGUCUCUGUGUUAAAGAUGUGUGUACAGCAAUAUUGACCAAACUUAAAAGCCGCUUUCUAUCAAUACCCAAAGAUGAUGAUUUAAGAGAAGUGAUGAGGCUUUAUAAGCUGAGAUGGGGUUUUCCUGUAUGUGCUGGCGCAAUUGAUGGAACUCAUAUUGCUAUCCAAGCUCCCGCUGAAAAUCAUACUGAUUACGUGAAUAGGAAGAGCUACCACAGCAUUGUCAUGCAGGCAGUAGUGGACUCGCACUACCUAUUUCGUUAUAUAGUUGUAGGUUGGCCAGACAGCGUUCACCACGCACGAGUUCUUUCCAACUCCCAACUCUACAACUUGGGUGUUCAAGAGAAGCUCUUCGAAAGAAAUAUGAACGACAAAAUAUGUGGUGUGGGUAUCAGUCCUGUGUUACUUGGUGAUCCAGCCUACCCUCUCUUGCAAUGGCUUAUGAAAGCUUAUCCCGAAAACCCAAAUACCUCCCUGUGGCAGCGUAAUUUCAAUUACAGGCUCAGUAGAGCACGUAUGUCAGUUGAAAACACCUUCGGCAGAUGGAAAGGACGUUUUCGAAGAUUUCUUAAGCGUGUUGACAUGGUUGUUGAUUCAGCGACUUGCAUCGUCGCUGCUUCUUGCAUAAUUCAUAACAUUUGUGAACUAAGAAGAGAUGAGUUCCUACAUGAAUGGCUUGAAGAUGUAAGAAGGGAGGCAAAUAAUCAGCCAGAUGAUCUUGUGCAACCAUGGCCUGAUCGCGAAAAUGAAAAAGAUGCAUCUACUAUUCGAGAUACAUUAGCAGAAUUUUUUCAGACAGCGGAUGGUAGAAACAUUGGAAUAGGAGGCGAAUGA